GACACCGCCUUGCGUUGAUGACGCUUGCCAUCGGGAGACAUUUGGACAGCCUAUGUAACCCAUAUACCGAGCAACAAAUGGUGCGUCUGUGCUGGAGACCUGAUGCUGGAGUUAGGAAGAUGUUUCCGCCGACUGAGUGGCAUUAAUGAUCCACUGCAGAGCUGCUGCAGGGGCACACACCGCGCGCUAUCAUCUGUUGAUCGGAUUGGAGACAAUUAAGCGCAUUAUCAUGAGCCGCCGCGGUCCGACUUACAGGUGAAAUUUGAGGAGAGUGAAAUGAUUCCGAAGUCAGGAAAAUCUCCGGCAGACUCGAGGAAAAGUGUCGGCAUCCAAGAGUUUGCAGCACUGGCCAGAUCCUCCUUAAAUGGUAUCUCUCAGGCAGUGAGGGACCAUGUGACGAAGCCCACCUCCCUGGCUCAGGGCCGGGUCGCUCACCUCAUUGAGUGGAAAGGUUGGCCCAAACCUGCAGACCCACCUCCAACUGCACACUUCAGCUCCUACUGCCGUCUGACCGAGGGAGAGAAGGAGGCCCGGUUUGCUGCAGGUGUGGCUGAGCAAUUUGCCAUAGCUGAGGCUAAACUGCGAGCCUGGGCGUCCAUAGAUGACGAUGAGGAGGAAGACUCCAACGAUGAGGACUCCCACACCAACGAACAAACCAUCUCCAGCCAGAGCGCAGACGAAGUCACAUCCAAUCCUACCAGCGGAGUGCCGUGCCAGCCUGAAGUUGAAGCUGGCGAGGCUCCGCCCUCCAACAGCCCCCUUGGCUCCAGCAGCGGCAGCCUGUUCUGUGGCAGGCCUGCGUCUCACAAUGACCCACAUUCAUCCCAGACCAAUUCACCUACUUUACCCAGCGACUGCAUGAGUCCCUUCCUGGAGGAGGAGGAAGAGGAGGAGGAGGAGGAGGAGGAGGAGGAGGAAGAGGAGGAGAGGCUAGAUGGCCAGGAGCAGCAGCCAGCUCUUUUGCAGGAGCAGAGCAGUGAGGUCUGCAUCCACCACAAGCCUGAGUGGAGGCCUCGGGCCAGGAGCAGCAGGUUCGACUCCUGCUACUCCACCUCUCACUCUGAGUCCCCUGGAGAGGAGGACGAGGAGGACGAGGAGGAGGAAGGCAGCGUGUUUCAUGAGUUUCGAAUGUGGCAUUCCAGCCGGAGGAGCUUCUUCUCAGACCGGGCCUCCUCUGGAGUGGCGUCCUUCGAUGAAGAGGAGGAGAGGGAUGAGGUAGAGGAGAAGAAAGAGUAUUUGAUGUGAUGUGUUGUCCAUCUUUAUGUCUCUUUGAGUCCGUGUUGAUUCUGGAUAUGACAUAAUCUAUUCUGCUUUCACCGUUAAAGGGACAGUUCACCCCAAGAUCAAAAAUACAUGUUGUUCCUCUCGCCUGUGGAGCUGUUUAUCAAAUCAGAUUGUUGACUUUCUAGACUGAUUAACAGCACUACAGGUUAGAGGGGAAAAAUAUGUUUCUGAUUUAAGGGUGAACUGUCCCUUUAAGUUCUCUCCACCUCCUCCUCUUCCUCGGAUCAUGUCUCCUCCACUCGCUGCCUUCUGUCUGUCAUCCUCCAGGCCUUCCAUGUACUGAUCUCGCUCCGUUUAUCGCUGCUGUAAACAGUAUAUAUAUAUAUAUUGAUUGGAGAGUUCAACCAGAAUGUAAAGCUGUUGUUCAAACUGAGUUUUGUACAUUUUUGUGAAGAGUCAUGUGUUGCAUUGGUUUUCUAUGGAUAUUUUGUAGUGUCGUUUCCUCUGGGUCAUGCAGUGUCAUGUGGGUCGGGCUAUGUUUGAUACUGAAUGUCUGAAUGUCCUGCAUAUAUAUAAAUGACUUUUUUUG